AGGGCAAUGAUAUAUCCACGGAAUAUGACGCACAGUUGUAGUUGCGCUACAAGGUUCAACUUCUAAUUCUAGAUGGCCGGUACUACCCUCAUCCCGACGAUCUUGACAGCUGGAGCGACAAUAUGAAGUUGUGGCCGGGAGUCACCUCAGGAGACAUCGUUUACUACCUUCUCAGCUCAAAGGCUUGUGACUUGAAAGACGUGAAGGCCUACAAAAGCCUGGAGUCAUACAAUUACCCAGAGUGCGGGUGGGUUGGAAAACUGUUGGUCCACAAAGUAGACAACGAAAUAGUGUUUGUUAAAGGUGAGGUGAGACCAUCGCAAGCUGUGCACAACAGACCCCAUUCUGUGUGGAUAUGUGCGAAGUACAGUGGCACAGUUCUGACUGCUGGCUGUACCUGCAUGGCAGGGAAAGCCAGAGUAUGCAGCCACGUUGGAGCAGUCCUCUGGAAGAUAGACCUUGCAGUUUGCAAUGGGCUGACUGGCAUUUCCUGCACGGACACAGUAAUGCAGUGGAACAGAGGAACGAAGCGGAGCGUGGAACCAGCUGUGCUAGGGGACAUCUCAUUCAAGAUGCAGAGGCGGAUACUUGACCCGGAAGUGAAAAGGAAAAAAACAGCAGCACUACCAAGUGACCCGCCUAUGUAUGACAGAACCUUCAAGGAGUUCAUCAAGUCAUCACCCUUGUCUCCUCUCUUCAACGUUAAAGGAACACUUCUGAACGAAACCUUCCACCCUCCUCCACGGAAUCAAGACCGAGGAAAUAUGAAAGGUGUUGCGUCACCACUGAUGGAACAUUGGCCCUUAUGCCCAGGUAACCAUGCAAGCCAUGAUGCAGAAUAUGAGCUGCCGUACAGUUGCUCGCCAUGUAGUACGUUUUAUGACAACUAUAUUGUGCUAUCGCCGACUGCAAUAUCCACGCUGGAGUACCAUACACGAGGCCAGGACAGUGAACUGUGGCAUGCAGCACGUCGCUUGAGGCUCACAGCAUCGGACGUCAAGAAGGUGCCAAAAAGGGAGACAACAUCGUACCAUAAGGCAGCAAAGGGUAUUGCCAUGCCAUCAUUCCUUGGGAAUGCAGCGACGAAACAUGGCAAAGCAGCCCGUGAACAGUUUAUGGCUAGGACUGGGCUCCACGUUGUGAAGUGUGGAAUUUUCGUGAGUGAAGAUUUCCCAUGGCUUGCCGCCUCUCCUGACGGCAUAAUUGAAUCUAAAGACGCUGUCCUCGAGAUUAAGUGCCCCCAUGUCGAAAACUGCAAGAAAAUGAUUGCGAAAGGCAAAUACGAUGUGAGGCUCAUCGACGAAAACUAUGUUCUUUCAAAGAAUGGACCUAAUGGGUACUUCAUGCAGGUGCAAUUCCAGAUUCUGUGCACUGGAAGACGACGGUGUUAUUUUUAUGUGUGGUCGGUUGCCACAAGUGGUGAUGUGACUGAUAUAGUUUUUGAAGUGCCAUUUGACCCGUCAUUCUUGGCUACCAAUGUUGUGCGACUAAGAAAAUUUUACUUUUGUGCGCUGUUGCCAAUGUUUGUAGAGCACCACAGAAAUGGACAAAGAGAACUUAAUGGAACAUACUGCAAUAUCCUGAAGCCGUAAUUAAAACAUUGAUCUUAGUCUUGUGAAA